UGCCAAACAUGUCCAGCCUUUCGUUUUCUGCUGAAACACUUGGGGAAUCAUUCUUUAUGUUUUAGGAGGGUAAUUGGUAGUUUUCAAAAUAUGCAUGCAAAGGAUAAAAAUAAUAAGCAUAACACCGAAAGAUUGGAUUCCUCUUGCUCUAACCCCAUCCAUUCUUUACCACUCCCUUUUUCCAAGGUGAUUGUAACCAACAAACAAAACGUCAGUCAACACAUCCAGUACAUACAAGUUAAGGCAGACAUUCUAACAAAGAGUAUAUUCCUAUAUUAUAAGAAUCAGUCUAUCUGGGUCCAGUUUAGAAUUCAACAGGGAAAAAGUUGCUAACUUUAAUAAUUUGCUGGAGAGAUGGAAGGUUUGGGGGACUUGAUUUGUCUGAACUGUAAGAUGGCAUUCCAUUCUACUGGACUCUUGGAUAAACACAAGGCCAAAUUCUGCAUUGGCACAGACCUAAAAGAUCCAGUAGCUCUAUGGAGAGGUCAAAGGGGAUUCACUCAAAAAGGACAAGCAGCUGUGAAGACGGUGCAUCCUACAAGGACAAGGACACCUGAUUUAAUUAUUGUAAAACAGAGGAAUCAUGAGAGUGAAAGUGCACAGGACAAUGUGUCAGAGAAUACUGCUCUAAACAAACUCACUGAAGAGUUUCAAAAACUCAGGAUUUCAUUUGAACAAAACCUGCCCGGAAGACAGACAGAGGUGUCUGAGGAGCAGGCCUCACUCCAGCAGAGAGCUGAUGAGCACAGGGCUCUUCAUGAGCAGAGACUGGCUGAGAUCAGGGCUCGCAACCAUAAGCUGGAGAAGCAGAGAGAGGAAAUAGAAGAGCGGCUUGCCGAGCUGGCAGGACGGGAGAGGACGGCUCAUCUCGAGGAGGUGCUGCAAGAACUGAGGAAUCAGGAACAGAGGAAUGAGGAGGUGCUGCAGCAGCUCAGCUCUCACAUCAACUCAGUGAAAGGGCCUAAUCCAACUGAAGUCCCCUCUAACCCACCAGAGGAAAAGAAGACACAACAUAUUACUUUUGACUUGAUAUCUUUUGUGGCUGGACCUCUCUCUGCUCAGAUAAGAGCUUUGCAUCUGGCAUACAUGCAGUCCGGUGGUUCUGAUCCAGAGGUUCUGGCCCAUAUGCAUGACCUUGAAGCAGAGGCUCUUACACUGGAGCAGGCAAAACAUAGAGCUGAAAGCAAGAUAAAAACAAGAAGGAUGAAGUUUCCUCACAGAGUGUUGGACCCUGAUGUUCUUGCUGUGGAGCAGGAGAACCAAAGGCUUGAGGAGGAAAUCUUCAGGAUCCAGCUGGCCAGGGAGAAGCACAAAGGAGAGCAUGGGCUCAUUGAUAUCCAGAAAGACCAUAUCCAUCAAAUGGCUAGCCUCCAAGCUGAGAUUGCCUUUUUAAGAAGAGAAAAAGAGAAGGACCGAGAGAGAAGACCACACCAUCCUCAAGCUCCUCUAUCUGUUUUUCCUGGAUCUUCUAUGGCUGUAACACACCCUGAUCUGCCACUGGAUCAGAGUUCAAAACAGCAUUCGCUGGUGGGAUCCCAUGUAACUGAUCCACUGCAAGCUCUUGGUCCUGCUCCUUAUGAUCCUGUGGCUGGCUUUGUGAUCUUCUAUGACCUGGUGACGGGUGUUGAAGCUACUUUGAGAUCAGUGCGUUUAUUGGCAGGGUUAUAUUUUAAUGGACAGAAGUUGGGACAGACCACCCCAAUGCCACCUGUGCAGUGCCAACCUGCAGGACCAUUACUGUCCACCAAGAGUCCUGGAAACUAUGCUAUUCUGGCUGUUAAGCAACCUGUGCCAAGAGUACAGCCAUCUCCAGAUCUCUCUUUGGUCAUAGAGAUCCAGACAUUUGAAGGUCUGGAUUUGUUCAACCAUGAAACUGAGGGCUUGGUGACUUGUGGCUGGGCUAAGCUUGAUCUCUUUGACCAGCACAACCAGGUUCACAGCGGCCACUGGAGGCUUCCUUUCCGCUCUCUCCCAGUUCAAGCAUCCUUAAGUCCAGGUCAACUGAAUUCUGUGCCACAACUGGGUAACAUGGAACUUUGUCUUCGGGUAGCAAAUGCUUGUGAUGGAGAUGAACAGACCCUUGAAGAGAUUGACCCCAACAACACAAACCAAUACAAGUAAAUUUCCAUGGUGGCCUCAAACACAGUCCUGGUAAACCAAGAACCAUGUAACACUUUGCAACCCUCAUCCAAUCCAUUACCUUCAUCACUGCCACACGAUCAUGUAGAAGAGACCAAUUGAGUAAUUCAGCCUAAAUUUGAUUACCAUACAAAAACAGGGUUGCUGCAGGAUUUUUAAACUCAAAUUUAAGACUUUAAGACCUUUUUAAGGCCUGCACAAAUAAAAUUAAUACCAUAUGAGCGAGGUAGGGCAAUGUCUAUGGUAAACUAUUAAACUGUAAAAUGACUGUAAAAAGCAUGAUUUACAGUUCAGAUACAAGUUUUCACAAAAACAAAAAAGUUUUAUAAAAUGAUACAGUUCACAUUUAAGCCUUUAAACCACUUUUAAGUUGGUUAAUUUAUUAUAUUAUAUUAAUUUAAACAAUUAUUAUCAAAUUAUUAUAUUAAAUAAAUAACACAAACAUUUUACUGUUUAGAUUUUUAUAACAAAUGACCUUCUUAUCAACCCACCAGUUCACAUUUACAGCUCUGUGUGUUUGAGGUUGAGUUGAUUUUCACAUUAGUCACAAAAAGCAACCCAAUGUUCCUGCAAUACCUGAGGCUGCAGAUCUAGGAUCACAUUUCUAGGACCUGAUUCAAACAUCAAACAAACAAACGCAAAGACUAGAUCUAUGGAAACCAUUAUUUUUUUUAUCUUUCCAUCUUAUUUUUAAUGUAAGAGCUAGCAUGAACUCGCUAGUGUUCGAGGGGGUGUCAGCAAUCUCCAUUUAGCCUAUUUAGCUGUGCAAAACAGUUCAUUGUGCUUCUAGAUGUUGUAAAUUAGUAUUUGUAUUCAAAUUAUUUUUUGAUUUAUUAAAAUACUAAUAAUCACACUAAUUUGUACCGCAAUUGUUUUACCGUUUACUGCACUUUAAGUGGGUCACACACAGUCUAUGGUCACACAUCAGACGUGAAGUGCUGUGCUGGGGCUAAUGAACUGAAGUCACAAAUACAUAAUUCCUUAAUAAUAAUAAUAUACAGAAUCGAAUAGCAAGUGCUAUAAAAUUAACCGCUUAUGCAUACAGUGCCUAUAGAAAGCCUUCAUACCCCCUCAUUUUUUCACAUUUUAUGUUGUGUUAUGUUAAACUGCUUUAAAUUUCUUUUUUUCACAUAAAUUUACACCCCACUUGGCAUAAUGACAAAGCAGAAACCGGAUUUAUCACUACUUUGCAAAUUUAUUAAAAAGGAAACACUGAAAAAAUGACACUGCACAAGUCUUCAUACCCUUUGUUUGAAACAAUCAGGACACUUCCUUGAUCUAGCCUCCUGGUUAAGCAAUCGAAGCAGAAGGGUGAAGGGUCUUGGUUGGAGAAGUGACCAAGACAGUGAUGGUCACUCUGGUUGAGAUCCAUGAUGUUAUACAGAGAUGGGAGAAGCUUACAGAAGGACAAACAUUACUGCGACACUCCACCAAUCUGGGCCUGAUGGCAAAGUGGCCAAACUCAAGCUUCUCCUCAGGAAAGAUACAUGAAACUCUGAUUGGGAUUUACAAAAAUACACCCAAGUAAUUCUCAGACUAUGCAAAAAAGAUUCUCUGGUCGGAUGAACCUCAAUUCCUUAUUCACGUCUAAGGGAAACCAAGCACCAGCUUAUUAAGGGGUAUGAAGACUUUCUGUAGGCACUGUACAUAAAUAAAAUAAACAGAUAAAAUAAAAUAAUGGAGAAAAAAAAAAUCUAU